UCAUUUUAGAACCCUAAUACAAUAAAUUUUUAAAAAAACUAUAAAUUAUAUAUAUUUCAAGUUUUUACCAGCGUCCGAAAGCAGACCAAAAUGAUUUAUCACUGGAGCGUUAUUGUUAGAAUUGUAUUUUACGUAAUUUUUUUCGUAUGUGGAUUAAUCGGGAAUAUUAUGAUUGUUUUGUUCUUCAGCAUAAAAAUGAAAAAAACUUCUCACUUUCGUUGGUUCAUUGUUCACCUUGCAAUUGCUGAUUGCUUUUACGCCGUUGUAUCCCCAAUACAUUUAAUAUACUUACUUGCAACAAACGAAAAGUGGACUAUUGGUACAGAACUUUGCAAAAUAUUAACCAUCUCUGGACCGCUUUCGGUAAAUGUCAGCGCAUGGAUACUGUGUCUAAUGGGAUAUGAAAGAUAUCGAGUUGUUUGUCAUCCUUUUGCUAGACGAUUUUCAAAAAAAAUGAUACACAUAUCAGUCGGUUUGGUAUGGAUAGCUUGUAUUGGGCUGAAAGUAUUUACUUAUAUUAGAAUCAGAGUUACAAAUAAUGAGUGCUACGUUCAUUUCAAUGAUGUAAUGGAGCAAACAGUAAAUGCAGGGUUGUCUCUGCUGGCUGAGGGUAUUGUUCCAUUUAUUUUUUUAACCUAUUAUUUUGUACGAGUGACUAUUACUAUGCGUAAAAGGUCACUGUUAUUUGAAACAAAAGAUGAUAAUUCUGUUUUUAUGAGGAGUGAAUGUUUAUCAAAACAAUCUUCUUCAAGUUCAUCAGUUUUACACAAAAAAGGUCCUGAAUCAAACUGCAAUAAAAUUUCCCUAAAUAGUGAGCAUGUAACUAAAAGCAAGCAACAACUUUCUUUUAAUUCCGACAAUAACCUGUUGAGAGUUGAACAAAAAGCUGAAAUUGACAUAAAAGAAUCAGACGUAAAUAUUUAUGAUGUAUCAAAAAAAUUAAAAUCUCCAAAAUGGGAGAGUUUAAAAAUAAAGCAGUCAGCAUUUAAAUUAGUGAUAUCGCCUAGUUUUACAAGAAUUAGUUCUUUGAAUAAAGCAGAUCGAGCCACAAUUAUUGUUUUUUUUAUGACGGUUUUGAUGUUUAUGAUAACAACGUUCCCGGAAAGGAUAUUUUAUUUUGUCGCAUGUUAUUUAUUUAGUUUCCGUUUCAAUAAAGAACAAAUCUUUAAAUACGGUCCAGCAAUGAAAACAGUAAACGAAUGGCUCGGUUUUUUGCUACUCUCUGGAUGUCUUUCUGAUGUAAUUGUUUACAGCGGAAAAUACCCUGACUUUCGUCAACAAUCAUAUAGGUGGAUUAACUAUAUUAUAACAAAACUAACUUCAAAACUUAACUUUAGAAAGAAAAAUAAUGAAACUUCUGAAUCAACUUUGUAAAUAAUUUUAACGUAUUAAUGCAAUGGUUACUUGCAUAUUGUCGCGUGACAUGUUCCUUUUUUUUUGAGAAAAAAUUGUUAGCCUUUUUUUU